AUGCAACCAGGACAAGCGCAGAUACGACACCUUCGAGCUACUUCACGUCGACAUCUGCAGACCCAUGGAGAUGAUUCUCUGGUUGGCAGCAAGUACCUACUGCUGAUCGUUGACGAAGCCAGUGGAUGCAUGAAGGGCUUCUGUCUACGUGUGAAGUCGGUGAGUGAAAACUACAUCACACGAUACAUCAAGAUGGUGCAAGCACAGUUUGGCAAGAAGGUCAAGCUCGUCCGACACGACGGAUCCCGCGAGUUCGCAACCAACUCGCUUCAAGAAUUCUACGAAGAUGAAGGCAUUGAGCAGCAGACGACGGUGCCAUAUGCACACCAGACCAACGGCACGGCGGAGCGCGCCAUUCGGACUAUCGUCACAAUUUUUUGCAGCAUGCUCCACCAUGCGAAGUUGGAGAAGUGCUUCUGGGCAGAAGCAGCAAUGACGGCAAUCUACGUCAAGAACCGUCUGCCGUCGCCUAAAGUUAUGCACAAGACUCCGUUCGAGAUCGUCCACAACUCCAAGCCAAGUGUCAAGCACAUGCGGGUGUUCGGUUGUCAGGUUUACAUACUGACACCGAAGGAGAAGCGGCUCAAGUGGGACUCCAAGGCUCGCAAUGGGAUAUUCUUGGGCUACGAAGAAGCAUCCAAAGCGUACCGCGUCUAUGACAUCGAGGCGGGGCAGGUAGUCAUCAGUCGCGAUGUCAACUUUGACGAGUCCGCCUUUGGACUUUCACCACCAGCCACCGCUGAAGACGCCGAUGACAUUGACUUCGACUCCCUCGAUCUGGAUGAUGAAGCGCCAGGUCAAGCGCAGUACAAGCAAACAGGCAAGCGCAAGAAAGAAUCAAGUGCGCCAGACAUUCACACGACCCACCAAGAAGAAGAUGCAGAUAUAGAGAAUGCUGAUGCAUCGACUCCGCCUGUGUUUUGGCGUGCGAGUGCGAACGCCAUCGAAACAGCAGUGGACUCAUCCGAGCCAUCGACUUUUGAAGCUGCGGUGAGCGGUCCUGAUCAAGUGCAUUGGCGCGAAGCUAUCCGUGCGGAGCUUGAGUCGAUGCGACUUUGUGAAGUAUUCCGCGCAGCCAAGCUACCUAAAAGACAUCGCGCCAUUGGCACGAAGUGGGUCUUCAAGAUCAAGCGCAAAGCGGACGGAUCAAUUGACAAGUACAAGGCGCGUCUUGUGGCAAAGGGUUUCAAGCAACAAUUUGGGAUGGACUACACGGAAACAUUCUCGCCCGUCGUCAAGUACGUUACGCUGCGCAUGGUGAUUGCAGUCGCCAAGUAUUUCGGAUGGACCAUCGACCAACUCGACGUGGUGACAGCUUUCCUGUAUGGUGUCAUGAAGGAACAAGUGUUCUACGCCAUCCCUGAAGGCGUGGAAUUGGAGGGCUCCUUCGAUUGUCUGGAGUUGGUGAAGGCAAUUUACGGACUAAAACAAGCGUCGCGCGUAUGGAACGAAACGUUUGACGAGUUCGUGUGUGCUAUUGGAUUCCAAGCGUCAAGCCUCGACCCGUGUCUCUACGUAAGGAUUGUGGAAGGGCAAUGCGUGCUGCUGCUGGUGUAUGUGGAUGACGUGUUGAUCACCGGUAGCUCAUGCGAGCUAAUUACACGCACCAAGACCGACCUGAAGACAUGA